GACCGACCCCUAUAAAGUUGGAUUUUUGAGUUUGUUCUCGUUACCUCUCGCACAGGUUUUGUCAUUUCGGGUUGUCAUCUUUCCGAGCUUCCCCGGCCCCCACGCCACCCAGUUCUCCAAAGUCUCUCUUCUCUCUCUUGCACGCAACACUCGCUUCUUGCUCUGCAUGUAGAGUCUUAGUAUUCGAUUAGAAGAACAUCGCUGUCUUCAUCUUCUUUAUCUUUAUCAUCCAUAGCUGCCAACGUAUAUGCAUACACGGUCGACAGCAACAGCUGUUCUUCUAUAUAACGUUGACCUUUUUUUUCAUCCAUUUGCUCAUCUGUAUGUGUUUGCAAGAUCUGGUGAAUGCUCCUGAAAUUGAAAUUUCCUUGAAAUCAGUGCCACUGUGGUGUGAAGAUCCCAGAUUUCAACUAAAUUCUUAUGUUUAGCGUACUUGCCAAACCGGUCUUUCAUAGAUUUUGAUGCGACUGUCCUUCCUGCUUGACUUUAAGCGCACGGAGCAGCAAACCGUAUUGUAGACAUAACAAUUAAGUGUAAUAGUAAGUUGUGGAAAAAGCUCAACCAAGUGUCGACAGUGAGGAAAUGGAUCAAGAAAAUAAUGUGAACCACAGUGAUGAUGUGCAUGAUAUUGAAAACGAGGUUCUGUGGGAUGGGAAGGAAAUUAAGAGGCACUGGUCAGAGGUAUCUGACAAAAACAUGACAUACAAAGAACCAUUUUUGGUGAAAAGGACGAACACCACCUCUCAGAUUGCCAUUGUUGGUGCCAAUCUUUGCCCCAUUGAGAGCCUUGACUAUGAGAUUGUUGAAAAUGAAUUAUUUAAGCAGGACUGGAGGUCAAGGAAGAAGGUUCAGAUAUUUCAGUACGUUUUACUCAAGUGGGCAUUUGCACUUCUUAUAGGGCUAGGUACUGGACUAGUUGGCUUCUUCAAUAAUAUUGCAGUGGAGAACAUAGCUGGUUUCAAGUUGCUGCUGACUAGUGAUCUCAUGUCUGAGCACAAAUAUUACAAGGCUUUCGCAGCAUAUGCUGGUUGCAAUGUAGUUUUAGCUGCUGCUGCUGCAGCUCUCUGUGCUUUCAUUGCUCCAGCGGCAGCAGGAUCUGGUAUUCCUGAGGUGAAAGCCUAUCUCAAUGGUGUGGAUGCUUAUUCAAUACUAGCUCCAAGCACUCUCUUUGUAAAGAUUUUUGGCUCCAUUCUUGGAGUUUCUGCUGGCUUUGUGGUGGGUAAAGAAGGGCCAAUGGUACACACAGGUGCUUGUAUAGCCAAUUUACUUGGGCAAGGUGGUUCUCGCAAGUACCGUUUGACUUGGACAUGGCUAAAAUACUUCAAAAAUGACCGGGACCGGCGAGACAUGAUCACUUGUGGUGCAGCUGCUGGUGUGGCUGCUGCCUUUCGUGCUCCAGUUGGUGGUGUUCUGUUUGCCCUAGAAGAGGCAGCUUCAUGGUGGCGGAGUGCUCUUCUUUGGAGGACAUUUUUCACAACAGCAGUAGUCGCCAUAGUUUUGAGAGCUUUCAUACAAUAUUGUACCACGGGAAAAUGUGGGCUAUUUGGCCAAGGAGGUCUUAUAAUGUAUGAUGUCAGCUCUGCCACAGAAUCAUAUAGUGCCUCAGAUUUAUUAGCAGUAAUUCUCCUAGGAAUUAUUGGAGGCAUUCUUGGAAGCGCUUAUAACUAUUUUGUGGACAAGGUCCUUCGUACUUAUAGCAUCAUCAACGAAAGAGGUGCUGCUUUCAAGAUCUUACUAGUUAUUGCCAUCUCCAUCUUGACAUCAUGUUGUUCUUUUGGGCUGCCAUGGCUUGCGAAGUGCAUCUCUUGCCCCACAGACCUGACAGUGAGCUGCCCCACUGUUGGUGAAUCUGGAAACUAUAAAGGCUUCCAGUGCCCGUCGGGGUACUACAACGACCUUGCCUCCCUCUUUCUAAACACUAAUGAUGAUGCCAUUCGCAACCUAUUCAGCACUAGUACCAAGAAUGAAUUUCAUAUUUCCAGUCUUCUCAUCUUCUUUGGUGCUGUAUACUGCCUUGGAUUUAUCACUUAUGGCAUUGCUAUUCCUGCCGGUCUCUUUAUCCCUGUCAUACUAGCUGGAGCUUCCUAUGGUCGUCUUGUUGGGAGAUUGUUUGCAUCAAUCUCUACCCUGGACACGGGUCUCUUUGCCCUUCUUGGAGCUGCAUCCUUUCUUGGUGGUACCAUGAGAAUGACAGUUUCCUUGUGUGUUAUAUUGCUUGAGCUCACCAAUGACUUAUUAUUGCUUCCCCUUGUUAUGUUGGUUCUUCUAAUCUCGAAAACUGUGGCUGAUAACUUCAACAAGGGUGUCUAUGACCAAAUACUGAGAAUAAAGGGAUUGCCUUACCUGGAGGCCCAUGUAGAACCUUGCAUGAGGCAUUUGGCGGCACGUGAUGUUGUUUCCGGUCCAUUGGUCACCUUUUCUGGUGUUGAAAAGGUGGGGAAUAUAUUACAUGCUUUGAAAACAACAGGGCAUAAUGGGUUCCCCGUGAUUGAUGAACCACCUUUCUCGGAUGCACCAGAAUUGUGCGGGGUUGUUUUGAGGUCUCAUUUGCUAGUUUUGCUGAGCGGAAAGAAUUUUUCAGAGGAUAGGGUGGUUACUGGAGAUGAUUUGUUUCAAAGAUUUGCUGCAUUUGAUUUUGCCAAGGCAGGCUCUGGUAAGGGAAUCAAACUUGAGGAUCUAGAUAUUGAAGAGGAAGAGAUGGAGAUGUAUGUUGAUCUUCAUCCUAUUACAAAUGCAUCCCCAUACACGGUGGUCGAGACGAUGUCACUAGCCAAAGCCGCAAUUCUCUUUCGGCAACUUGGUCUCAGGCACAUGUGUGUGGUACCAAAGAGCCAAGGGAGGCCUCCAAUUGUUGGGAUUCUGACACGGCAUGACUUCAUGCCAGAGCACAUAUUGGGACUCAAUCCUCAAUUCAAGGAGUAGAUCAACUGAAUGGUCGACCGUUGGUUUUUGGACUAGUAGAAGUGACGACUUUGUUUUAGAGAGGCAAACACGCUCUCAGUCGUAUAGUCGUACGGAUAUUGCGAGGAAAUUUGAGUCUUCUAAGCCAUGAGGACAAUGUAUAUGGAGUCAUAGACGCAUUUGAAACACCACGAGAAACUCACCAGCCUUAAAAUUCUAAAGAAAUGAUUCGAGACACCCUAGUCUUCCAGUGGUUUUUUUUUUUU